UCAGCACAACAGAUACAACACACAAUAUAACAAACUCACCAGUCAGCAAAACAGGUACCUCAAACAAUAUACAAACAUCACAAAUCAGUACAACAAAUAUGACCCACAACAUUAUAAUCCCACCAAUAAACACAACAGGUACACAAUACAAUACAACAACCUCACCAGUCAGUACAACAGAAACGACAUACAAUUUAACAACUACAUUGGUCAGUAUAAUAGAUCCAACACACAAUAUAACAAUCCCAGCCAAAAUAAGAGAAACCACAUUCGAUACAACAAAUUCACUAGCCAGUACAAGAGAUACGACACUCAAUGUAACAGCUGCACUGGUCCAUACAACAAGUACACCACAUAAUAUAACAACCUCACCAGUCAAAACAACAGAAAUGACAAUCAACACAACAAAUGCACCACACAAUGUACCAACAUUAACGAUCAGUGCAACAAAUACAACAUCUAAAAUAACAACCGCACCAGUUAGCACAACAGGCACACCGCUCAACCUAACUGUCACAAGACUCAGUUCAACAACCCCCAUAGUCAGUACGAUAGCCACAACAAUUGACACAGUUGCUCCAACAGUCACGACACUUGAUAAAACUAAAACAACACUCAACACAUUAAUCACGUCACUUAAUACAACAGGUAUGCCACUCAUUACAACGGCCAUACCACCAACUGAGGUAGAAACAGCAACACCACCCAAGACAACAGCACAGAUAAGUGAAACUCUUACUACAACAGUUAGACCAUUAAAUGCAACAGUCGCACCUCACUUUACUACUGCCAUGCCAAUCAUCUCAACUGCACUACAUCAUACAACAGCUACACUAUUCAAUACAACAGUGAAAGUUCCAAACUUAACUUUCACAUCCGAAAGUGUGGAAAAUGCAACACAAUCUAACACAAGUAAUUCUCAAAUCUCUGGCGCAGAGUCCACCACCACCACAACCUUUCUGCCAAAUACAAAGCUGUUUAACUUGACAGCACCGUUACACCUAAAUGCAACAGCACCCCCAUUAAACACUACACAACACACCUCCACAUUCACAAUACACUUAAACACUACUGAGCAAGACAACACAACAAUAUUUAACACUACAUUAUUCAGUCACAAUGUAACAUCUCUUAUAGAAAAUAGGACAGAUUUAUCAAUACCUAAUGUGACAGAGGUUAACGGAACACUUAAAAUGACUACGAACCACAAAAACACAACCUAUUUAAAUGUGAGCUCUUCUGUCUUAAAUACCACAACACAAUUCCCACAUGUUACACAAUAUAACACAACCACUCUAUUUGAAAGUGCAACACACUCAAAUAAUACAAGCCUAGCCCACAUUACAGAAUCACCUAGUAACGUAAAUGAAUUAAACACAACUAAACCUCUUAACAGUACAUCUGAAUUCAAUACAACAGCUAUUCCUUAUUACACAACACAACUUCUGAAUGAUUCUACAGUGGAGGAGACCACAAAUGCUGAAACUGAUAUGACUACAGAUACACCAGAAUUAAAUACUACAAUGUAUUCAUUUAACUUGACAAAUUUUAAUACAACUGAUGUCACUUAUUCCAACACAACAGACUCCCUGUUCAAUAUAACUCAAUCAACAGCCUUUACAAUCAACAUAACCAUGUUUAACACAACAGAUGCGCCACUGAAUGAAACCAAUUUCAAUGGGACUGUUGUCAAUCGAAGCAUCAACACAACAGAGACCUCCAAUAACACACUGGAAUUGAAUACAACUGUAAGCCCUACAGUUAAUACAACACAGUUUGAUGUCACAAAUACAACACAGAUGCAUACAACAACCUUUCCAGCACCAGAAAAUAUUACCAGUGGGCCAAACAACUCCACUUUAGAGCCUUUUACAACAGUUAGUCUUCUUAACACAACACAGUCAAAUGACACAAUAGAAAAUGCCUUUACGGAAAAUAUAAUCACUAACACAACUACAGCAAUCAAUCCAAUUAACAUUCCAAACAACAUACCAACAAAUACUACCGUUAUUAGCAUUGUCACAAAUAGCAGUACAGCUCCCACAACUGCUCCAUCAGUGAUACAUCCAAGCCCUCCUCAGAACAGCUCUACAACAGAAGCUCCAAUUAUUAUUCCAACUCCAACACCUAGCAAAAGCAACACAACAGUUACUACGAGGCCUGCCGUUCCAGUUGUGCCAAAAACACCAGCCACUACCAUGGCAACUACUACAGAAGCAACAACUAAAAGCCCAGAUACACUGGCUAGCGAUCUUCUGAACCAAACACGGAAUUUGGCAUCUUUAAAUUCAACUGAGGUCAAUCAGUUGGUCAGCCAGUUAGAAAAUCUUCUCUCCGCACCCAAUAUUAGUCUGGAUCUAGGCCGAACAGUGCUGUCUGUCAUCAACAACUUUCUAAACAGCUCUACAGAUACUGUGGCUGCCUCCUCAAAUCGAUUAAUCAAAGCUGUGGAUAAUUUGGGUCUGAAACUUGUGAUUGGGGACCAAACUGAAAACAUCGCAUUUAAUUCACUUACUUUGACUGUGACCAAAGUUGAUGGGACCAACUUUGGGAAAACAUCACUCACAAUUGCAGAUCCCUUAAACCCACAGGUGACAAAAGGACUUCAAAGACAAGUCAGGGCAGUGGAAAGUUCCUCCCCCCUGGCUAAAAUAACACUACCUGCAUCUCUGACAGAGAACCUCUCUCCAGAAGAAAAGAAGAUAGCCUCUAGAGUCCAGUUCACCUUUUUUCAGAAAAGCACAUUUUUUCAGGAUAAAACCCUGAGUCCAAAGAAGCUGAACAGCUACAUUCUAGGCUCUAGUGUGGCUAACCUGUCAAUCAAAAGCCUGAGGGAGAAUGUUAUAUUUACUCUGAGGAAUCAGCAGCCCGUUGCGGGGAACUAUGUAGCUUCCUGUGUUUUCUGGGACUUUGACCAAAACGGAGGUUUAGGAGGCUGGAAUGGCAACGGCUGCUCUGUCACAAACAGCAGCAAUGAGAACGAAACUGUCUGCAGCUGCAAUCACCUGACAAGCUUUGCUGUACUACUGGACAUUAGCCGGCAAGGUAUAUCUGACCGUUUGCAGAACACCAUCCUCACCUUCAUUACUUAUAUUGGAUGUGGGGUGUCCGCCAUUUUCCUGUCGGUUACGCUAAUCACAUACCUUGCAUUUGAAAAACUCCGCCAUGACAUCCCUUCGAAGAUCUUGAUCCAUUUGUGUUUCGGCCUGCUCAUGUUGAAUUUGGUAUUCUUGUUGGACUCGUGGCUGGCACUGUACAAAGAUGCUGUAGGCCUGUGCAUUUCCACAGCCUUCUUCCUGCACUACUUCCUGUUGGUCUCCUUCACCUGGAUGGGACUGGAGGCUCUGCAUAUGUACCUGGCCAUCGUCAAAGUCUUCAACAACUUCAUGUCCCGAUACAUGCUAAAAUUCUCCCUGGCAGGCUGGGGAAUCCCUUUGGUUGUCGUCAUUAUUGUGAUUGCGGUGAACAAAGAUAACUAUGGCCUCGUAAGCUAUGGGAAAUUUUCUGACGGAACUACAGAUGAAUUUUGUUGGCUGAACAAUAACAUAGCAUUCUAUGUGGCUGUUGUGGCGUACUUCUGCGUCGUAUUUGUGUUGAACCUGGCAAUGUUCGUGGUGGUGAUGGUCCAUCUGAGACGAAUCAAGCGCCAAAACCCUCACAAUAAUCUGUACCGCAGCGGCUUGCAUGACCUUCGUAGCAUCGCAGGACUUACUUUCCUGCUCGGGCUUACAUGGGGCUUUGCCUUCUUCGCCUGGGGACCGGUCAAUUUGGCCUUUUCAUACCUGUUUGCCAUCUUUAAUUCCCUACAGGGCUUUUUUAUUUUUGUUUUCCACUGUGCUCUGAAGGAAAAUGUCCGUAAACAUUGGAGAAUGUACCUCUGUUGUGGCAGUUUACGAUUGGCUGAAAAUUCAGAGUGGAGUCGGACAGCCACACAGAGCAACCACACUAAAAAGACUUCGAUUAUGACGGCAGAUUCAGGGACCCGCAGUGUACCACGAAGCUCAGUGAGCAGUGAUGAGUCAGUGUCGUCCCAAGGCAUCGGCUCAAUGCUGGAUGACAGUGUGAUCAUGUCAGGGGAAGCAAAUGACGACGUGAUCAUCAAUGAGAUGAACAGACAAAUCUAUUCUUAGAAGAGGAUUACAAACGCAAGACAGGAAAAUAGGUGAAGAAACAGACCAUUUCUAUCAGGCCUGAAAAAAAAUGUUUAUUACCAAGAUGAGAAUCUAACGACUCGGCUCAAAAUAUCUUUUCUCAUCAGUUUGUCUGAAUCAAUGUUACAUGCAUUAAAGCUUUCAGCAUUUAGCUUUAUAGCCAGACAUUUCGUUAUCUGUUAGAACUGGGCUGCUCACAGCUGAGUAAUGAAUAGCAAGAGCAUGUACCUAUGGGAGUCAAUAUGUAAAAAGAUCUCUCUGUACUGAGCAGUGAGGUAUAUUACGCUUUUGGGGUUUUAAACUCUUAUAUAUUUUCAGCAAACAGUAUUAAACACCUCUUCUGCAAAAAAUAAAUAAAGCACAGAUGAUGCAUUGCAUCAGAUGGUACUUAAUAAAGGUUUUAUAAUUGAUGAAGGACUACAUUAAAAAUGAAGGAAAACAUUCGGUCUUAAAAACCAUAUAUAUCUGUCAGACACAUUGUAGAAAGACUGGGAUACAGUACGUUCUGUUUUCCAUAUAGCUCUUUAUUUUUAUAGUCACUCUCAGUUUUGUAGUUUUUACAUAGAGGAAAAAUAUAAUGAAUAUGCUAAUGGAUCAAAAAAUGUGUUACAUGCAAUCAAAUUUGCUUUCUUUGUACUGCGUAAAACA